UCGAAAUAGUUCUUUCCUUUCAAAUAGAAACAGUUUCACCAACUAUGUUUCCAAGCUUUUCACUAAUCACGCUUUCCGUUUUUGGUGAAAUCGAAAUAAAUAAAAUAAUUAUUACAUAUCAUGAAAAGCAAUAUUAUUAUUAUUUCACUUUAAAUAUGAUGUUUUACAUCCUUAUUUUUGAAAUUAAAUUUGUAGAAAAAUUUAUAAUUUCAGUUACCAUAAUGAUGAAUAUACAAUUAGAACUAGCAUGUAUGAGAUUGAAUAAAGUAUAAAUUGUGGGACAUAUAAAUUUUAAUCGAUCAGAUGUUAUCUGAUGGUAAAGUCUUAGUUUUUGAAUUAAUCAAGGAAAUUAAUAAAUCAUUUAUAAUAUGACAGCAGUAGAAUGAUUUAAAUUCUAAGGUUUGAAGUAAAAACCUUGUUUUAAAAAAAUAAUCAAUAAAAUUACUGUGAUCUGUGUAGGUUCUGUGUUUUAAGUACGGCGAAAGGAUUGUUAGAUAAAUGAUUAAAAAUAAGUUUAAAAAUUAGUUGAUUAAAGAUACUUUUUUAAGAAGCAUGAAAUGCAUAAAAGGAAACUUAAACGUAACACAUUAAUACAAAAUGUAAAAUCUGAAAACUUAUCAAGAGUGAAAGAUUAUCAAAACAAUCAAAAUGAAUCAAGUGAUAAUUUUCAACUACCAAGUUUACAAAAGAAGAAAACUUGGAAAGAUGUUGAUGACAAUUUAUCAACUGAUUGGAAUAGUAAUGCAACAGAUAUAUUUUGUUCAUCAGAAAUUGAAAAUAUUGCAACAAGAAAAGUUAUGCAGCAGUGGGAGACUAUUGAAAGUACACUGUAUGAAGAUGGUGAACAAGUAACCCAAAUGGCUGUUUUGGAAGAAUGUUCACAAUGGAAAACGCAAAUACCUCAUUUAAGAAUAAUAGGAAAAAAUCCAUUUCUUUCUAAAAAUAAUUAUCAAGAUUUGAACAUAAAUCAUAAUCAAAUGAAAAAUAAUUCUCAUAAUGAAGAUACAUAUUUAGAACAUAAUAUUUCAAUAAAGGAAAGAAAAAAUUCAUCCAAGCAUAAAUUACAAAAAACUGCACAAGAUGAAAUACUUGAUAUGCUUUAUGCAUAUGUAAUAUCAGAGCUAUUUCCUAAAAAAGAAAAUGAAAUUGAUUCAUUACAUGAUGAUUUUAAUGAUGUUUUACAAAUACGUAUGGCAUCUAUUCAUAGCAAUAAAAGUUCUGCAAAAAGUUCAAAGAUAAAUUGGUUUGAAGAAACGAUUCCUCUUGAAAAUAAAUUUUCAAAUAAUAGUGGUAAAUCUGUAGAAGAUCAUAUUUUAUCUAUGAGAAAAGAUAAUACUCAAACAAACAUGCAAGAAAUUCAAAAAAAAUGUGAUAAUUUUAUGAAUAAUGAUAGAAUAAGGAAUGAAAAGGAUGAAUUCAUCAUGGAUGACAAGUUUCCUAAGCCACAUACUAGUAGAAAUAAACUUGGAACAGUUUUCAAUGAAAAGAUUGUAGUUAGUCCUGUGCCUUAUGUUUUAUCAACUAGAGAAAGUUUUUCUACUGUAAGAACUACUCCAAUUAAGUUCAUGGCACAAUCACUAGAAGUUUCUACUUUUCAAAGUUCAAAUAAAAAUAUCAAUUAUUUUAAAAAUUCCGGAAAAAAUUCAGCAAAAAUUUCGAAUUUCCAAUCUUCUUGGCAAACUCCUGUUUCUCCUGCUGUGUGGGUAAAAAAUGUAAAACUUGCUCCUCUAGAUAUGUCACGAUUUCCGAACAGUAAAAAUAGGUAUUUAGAAAAUAUUAAGAAUAUUUUUAGCUAUAACGAAUAUUUUUUAUAUUGUUUUUACAAUUUUAGAUCUUUAACAUCAUCAGUAGUAUUAUCCCGUAAUAAAAAACCUUUAAGUCCUAUUUCUCGAUCUUCUUUGCCUGUUUCUGCACAAACAAUUCAUAAUAAUCGUGAAAGUUUAGAAAUUCAAGGGAAACAGAUAACUCCUAGACAAUCUCCUAAAUUAAAUAUGUCAACUACAGGUUUGGAGAACAUCUCUAGAAAUAGUACAAAAAAAAAGAAGAGAAGUCAAACAAAAACAAAGUUAUAAUGAAUUACAAUUAAUUUUGAUGGUUAGAAAAAAAAUCGAUUUUAUAAAUUCUAUAAGAUUAUUUUUAUCUUUGUAAAUUUAAAUUGUAUUUCAUUGUUUUACAUAAAUAAUGACUGGGUAAAGCGUGGACCAUGUAAUUGAAAAAAAAUUAUAUUUCUUUCUUAUAUUUAAAUUAAUUUCCUUUUAUAUAUUUAAAGUGAAAAUUCAUUAUUGUUUGUGAUAUAAUAAUGAUGUAUGAUAAAAAUUCAAUUAUUUAUUUUUUUAUUACAAUUUACUAAAACCAAUGAUUUAAAAGUUCAAAUAACAUUUAUAAUUCAAAUAGUAUAUAAAGUACAUUUUAUAUAGUAUAUAAAUACAUCGUUAUUGUUAAAUAAUAAUAAGAUAUGUCACUAUAUUACAGUAUUAAAAUAUACUUUAAUUUUAAGAAAUAUUUUGCACUAUAAACAAAAAAAAUAUUUAAACACUAUGUUAAAAAUAAUAAGAACUAGUCUUCUAAUUAUAAAAAUGUAUAUUUUAAAUACUCUUGUUGUUUCAGAAGCGAAUUUAUUGUUGUAACUAUGUCUACCUCACUUAAUGUCUAUUUGUUGUUUAAUGCACACGCUUACGUGCGCAAGUAAAUAUAUUUUUGUAACGCACACAUCUGUAUUGGUCGUGCUUAUUGUAAAUAUAUAAUAAUUCAUAACAUUAAA